AUGACAACAUUGAAUAAACUCGGCAUUCAGGGUAUCAGAUCGUUCUCAUCGGAAAGGAUCGAAGCUAUCGAAUUUGAGAAGCCUGUCACGCUCAUUGUGGGCCACAACGGAGCAGGGAAGACGACGGUCAUCGAGUGCCUCAAGAUGGCUACCACAGGAGUGCUGCCACCUAACUGCGAUAAGGGACACGGGUUUGUCUUCGACCCGAAUGUUGCCGGAGUGCCAGAAGUGAAGGGGCAGAUCAAGCUCAUGUUCCGCUCUGCUGCAGCGAAGCAGGUGGUCAUGUCCAGGAUAUUCCAGCUGACGAAUCAACGCAACCGAGCUGGCGUAUUGAAGACGACGUUCAAGCAGUUAGAAAGCCUCAUCAAGUGA